ACAGGAUCUAUUUUACAAAGUGCUCUUUUAUUGGCAACCAGGGUGUACAAAACAUGUUAAAUUCAAAGGUUUUUAAAGCUGUUACAUUUGAAUGAAAUAAAGUUUUUCUAUAAAAUACAUGGAAGCCGUAUUAUUGCUUAUCAUUUUAUUAGAUAUCGUUUCAAUGUUGUCCUUUUGACAUGGAAGUCGUAUUAUUCCUUAUCAUUUUAUUAGAUAUCGUUUCAGUGUUGUCCUUUUCGCUUGAUGACCUGUGUGACGACGAUGACAACAUAUGUAAAUAUCCACAAAUGUCUAAACCCGGAGAGAUAAUUUAUGGACGUUGCCAUCGGGAUGUUGCACUUCGACGCUUACAAAGAGCAAGUUUUCUCACCUGCCUCAAAGAAUGUAUGAGAACAGCAAACUGUACUAACAUUGGAUACAGACGUAACUGGAAAUUGUGUGAUAUCAACGGUGAACCAAAUUCGCAACAGAAUCUUUUCCAGGAAGAUGGUUGUCAAUUUUCAAAUAUUUCCACCUGGUCCAAGAAAUUAGCUGGAAAGUGUGUUGCACAUAAAUGUGAAGAUGGAUACAAAUGUAUUCCAAACCAAACUUCAGUUUCAUGUGAGCUAGCAUAUUGUUCUGGAAAUCCUGAUGUUACGAAUGCAACAUCAAAGGAAACGUUUGGAAUAUUUAGAGAACUUGGAUAUGCAAUGAUGUAUGGAUGUAAUAAAGGACAUAAAAUUCGUGGUAGACCGUUCGCUGUCUGUCAGAGAUCUGGAACUUGGAAAACCUUGUUUAUUUGUGGUGAAGGGGCUAUAGUAUCACAUCGUAAGACAACUGGACAAAGUUCUAUGUGGUCAUGUUCGAGUCCUUAUUACUGUAACUCUGAUGCUGGUGUCGAUGGAAUCAAAAGUGUUCACAACAUCUUUCACACAGAUGCUGAAACCAGGCCUAUGUGGUGGGUCGACCUUGAACGAGUCUAUAAAAUUCAUAAAGUGGUCCUCACAAAUGCCAUGAACAGCUAUGCGUAUCGACUUAAAAAACUGGAAGUUCAUAUAGAAAAGAGUACGAAUCAAAAAGAACUGUGUGGUACACACGAUUUCAUUGGUUCUGCAACAGCAGGCGAAGUGAUAGAAGUAAAAUGUCCAACAUUACUUGAAGGACAAAAGGUUAUUGUAACAAUGAUUAAUGAAACGCCAAUUAAUUUCCAUCUUACUGAAGUUGAAGUUUAUGGUGGCUGAUGAUCUACAGAUUUUUAUUCAAUUUAAUAAAUUAAAUUAGUGCGAAACAUUAGUAAAAAAGAAGAAGAAAAAAUAGUUUGCAAAAUAAUUGACAAAGUAAUAUCUAUAUUAUUUUAUUUCAUAAAUUUCAUUUUUAGAGACGGAUGUGACUACUUAUACUUUCUGGUGUACCGGUAGAAGCCUACAUUUUUUCGACAUGGUUAGAGAAGCAGUCGGUUCUGUAUAAGAACCGGACGGGAGGCGUUAAAUCACGCGUUUAAAGUCUGAUAAAUUUGUAUGUAAACUUUCAGCAAGACAUAUUCUAUAUUUUAAGCUAUCCUACAUCGGUGAAAUGGAAUGACUAUAAGCAGUCGGAUAAACCAGAAUGUAGAUGAAAUAAAAAAAAAAUACAAAGAUAGUUAGUUGAUUCAGUUUUAGUCAUAAAUUAUGAUAGAACAAACUCACCCUCUUGGAAGAAUAUCUUUUUGGUUGUGCCAAAUGCGAAGUUUGACUGAUGAUCACUGCUGUGGCUAAUAGUACAUAUUGUCUUGUCUGUGUGUAAUUUUAAUCGUUAAGCUGUUUUUUGGGUAAUAGAGUGUAGUCUGUAAAUAUCUAAAAAUAUAAUUGCAGGUGAUAGUGAAUAAAAUUGCAACCCAACAACACGUGUUAAACAUUUUUUAUGUGUUUUUUUAGUAGAGAGUCAAUUAAUUAUUUCUAAUGGUUACCUGAAACAAAUAUUACAACCACCACACUUUUUGAUGAGUUUUAAUAACUUAACCACAUAGGUCCAAGUAAAUUGGCUUGUUCAAAAAUGAAAAUAACACUUUAUAAAAAAAAAUGAUUUUCGGCCGAAGAGCUUUUCCGGCUUUACGUUCAUAAGGAACGCACAAAACCAAUUAUUUGAAAGUGAAGGAUCUAUAAGACACGGAAGUUGUGAAGAGCUAUAUGACAAUUAUGGGACCUAAAAUAAUAGCCGACUCAGUUUAACAUCAACUAGCUGUGCCUUGGGAAGUCGGAAUCAUUGUUUCUUAAUAUUUUUUUAAUUUAUCAACAAGUAAAUUAUCUUCGAAUUGUAUUUUCAAGAGCCUAACUCCUUUAGGCUCACAAUGGCAUGUGAUUAUCCAAAGUAUACGAUACAUGCGUUAAAUAUGGUUAGUCAGAAUCAUUUUUACAACUCGAAUGUUAAUUUGAAUAUAAUCAAACAUUUUGUUGUAACAUUUGUUCGUAGAAUGAAAUAUCAAGUUAUAAAAAGU